CCGGGUCUAGGCACGGCUGUGGCACGCGGCCUGCGGGCGGCGCUGUGGCCCGUCGGGCGGCCCCACACAGCCGCCAUAGCCACCCGCCUCCCCUGACCCAACGUCUCCGCCGCUGGCCCCGCGCCGCCGCCAUGGCCGACGUGGAAGACGGCGAGGAGCCCUGCACCCUGGCCUCUCACUCCGGGAGCGCAGGCUCUAAGUCGGGGGGCGACAAAAUGUUCUCUCUCAAGAAGUGGAACGCGGUGGCCAUGUGGAGCUGGGACGUGGAGUGCGAUACGUGCGCCAUCUGCAGGGUCCAGGUGAUGGAUGCCUGUCUUAGAUGUCAAGCUGAAAACAAACAAGAAGAUUGUGUUGUGGUCUGGGGAGAGUGUAAUCAUUCCUUCCACAACUGCUGCAUGUCCCUGUGGGUGAAACAGAACAAUCGCUGCCCUCUCUGCCAGCAGGACUGGGUGGUCCAAAGAAUCGGCAAAUGAGAGUGGUAGAAGGCUUGCUUAGUGCAGUUGUGCGGAGCCCUGGUGGAUCCUUGUUAUCAAGAACCCUGCAAAAGCUCGAACACUCCAUUCCGGGGGUUUAAUUCUUCGAAUAAGGAGCCAAUGGAUCUGUGGUCCUUUGAGACGCAUCAGAGGCAUGGUUUAGCAUUUUGUCAGUUUUCUUUUCAGAAAUUCUCCGCAAUUAAGAUAAUUUAUUAAAGAUGGUCUUUCCUACCUCUGUGGUGUGUUACACACUGCUUAGAAGUGCUAUAAAAAAGGAGAGAACUCCAAAUUGAGUGACCUUUAUUAUUUUCCUAUUGCUAUACAAUGAGUUGUAGAAGCAGUUCCUUUCAGAGAACUUGUUGCAUGCUUGUGGUUGAUCAGUUAAAAAAAUAGCAUAUUAUAGUAGCAAAUAAAGUGCAGUUUAAAACCCAA